AGGUAUCCAGCAGACGCGGCGGCUUGGACAAACGUUCCCUCUCGCCGUCGUCGCCAAGUCACUCCGCUGACAUAUUUUCUCCUUAUAUCGUCCAUCUUAACCGGCAAGCUGGCUACUAUGACAUUUUCGAAGAAUAAUAAAAUGCUGGGCCACAUAGGUUAUCGGAUGAAGGUAACCAUGCAGGACAGUCGAACGUUCAUAGGGAUAUUUAAAGCAUUUGAUAAACACAUGAAUGUCAUCCUCGCCGAUUGUGAGGAGUUCCGGUGUGUUCGAGGAAAAAAGAACAAAGAAGAAAAGCAGGAGAAGCGGACUAUGGGUUUGCUUUUACUGCGAGGUGAAACCAUCGUCACCAUGACCUUGGAGGGUCCUCCACCUACAGAGGAUGGCCCACGUGUUAAUCUGCCUGGAGCUUCCCCUGGGCCUGGUGUGGGUCGCCCUGCCGGCCGUGGGAUGCCAGGAACUGGAGGCGGCGGCCUGCAAGGCCCAGUGCGGGGAGUGGGCGGCCCAUCACAACAGAUGAUGCAGCCAGCAGCUCGGGCUGGACCCCAGUUGAACGUGCCCCCCAGAGGAGGACCCCCAGGCAGCAUGCCCCCACACAUGAUGGGAGGUAUGCCCCCACACAUGGGUCGAGGAGGGCCCAUGGCUCCCCCAGGCAGCUCCAUGAUGAGAGGAGGUCCUCCAGGUGGCCGGCCUUACUAGACCAACACACCCCAGACUGUGGCCCCCUCGAGCACAGGUGGCUGUCUUGUUAUUCCCCCACUCAACCCCUCAUCUUGGGGGAUUUCAUACUGUAGAGGAGUUUCAUCAUUUUUUUGGAUCAAACAAUGUUUCUUACAAAGGCAUGAAGUGUAGUUUUCUUCUGACCUUCGUGUGUGCGUGUUGAGAGAGAGUCAGAGAGAAAGAAAUAUAAAAUAUUUGAGUUUUUUUUUAUAAUUAGCAAGAUAAUUUUAUUUUGGAUUAAUGGUUGUUGUAUAAGGCUACAUCAGUCAUUGAUGGCAGUGGCAACAAGAAUAUUAUUUUAAGAGUAUACAUGAAGUGUGCUGUAUGUUGCACGUAUGAUGGCUUUGUCCAUAGAAAUAUACGUAUUACGAACUCUUGUACCUUAAUUUGUAAUUACUAAGUAAAGUUUUUAAUAAAAUUACAAAGCAUU